CCCUCCUCCAGAAAAGCAAUUGGCGGUCUAUUCGGGUUCAGCGCCGCCCAGUUCUCCCACUCCUCCGGCCGCCAAAAUUCCCUCCCCAAUUCCUCGUGCUCCCUCUCGACCGCCGUCGCCGCCGCCUCCUCGUCUUCCCGCCUCCCGUCUCCACCGGCUUUUCCCCGCCGCCUCGAAAACCCCAGACCCCAGCCGCAGCCCGCAGGUGUAGCAGCGGGCUGCGGCCGCCGCCUCGCCCCGAUGCCUCGAUCCUUCGAGGAGAUCUCUGACGAUGAGUGGUCGCUUCACACCUUCGAGCCUUCGCGCGUCCUCAAGCGCUCCAACAAGCCGCCCUUGCAGCCUCCGCCGCCGAUCGAUUCAUUCCGCUACACCCCCAAGUCUUCCUCCGCCGCCGGCACCAGCACCAGCACCGCAACAGUCGUCCUCUCCGACGACGACGACGACUUCGACCUAGGUGCGGACGGACGGUCGAAGAGCCAGCGCGGCCUCAAGCGCCCGCAUCACGGGCCCCCUUCGCGGCCCCCUCCGUCGACUGGCUCCUUCCGCCACAAUCCUAAACCCUACAAGGCCGCCGCGGCCUUGGGGUUCUCCGACAGCGAGGACGACGACUUUGACAUCACGGACCAUGACUUAGAUCUUCCUGCCUCGCCUUCGAGGACGUCACGCCUGCGCUGCAAAGGGAAGAGCCAACGCGUUCUGAAGCGUCCGCAGCACCGGCCCCAUUCGCAGGCUCCGUCAAUUGGCUCGUUCCGCCACAAUCCCAAACCCUCCAAGGCUGCUGCCACCACAGGGCUAUCUGACACUGAUGAUGAUGACUUCGACCUCACAGACCAUGAGUUAGACCUUGCAGCUCCGCCUUCCAGGACAUCGCGUCCGCGCCGUGCUGCUGGUCGUCGGUUGUUAACUGCUGCCAUUGACAUCUCUGAGGAAGACGAAGACUUAGACCUUGCUGAUGAUGACUUCGACUACCAAGACCUGAUGCCUUUUCAGCAACGCCCCUCUGGUCGACGAUUCGUGAUUGGGGACGAUGAUGACAGUGAUGUUCCUGUAGCUGAUGGAGCAGUGGAUGUGGAGGAGGAUGACGUGGUGAACUGGUCGGAGCUGGAGAAUGAGGACAAAGACGAGAAGUACAAUGGGGGGAGAAAUGUGCAUGUGGAGGAGCGCGAGGGGGAUGUUGUGGGAAUGGCGUUGCGCAAGUGCUCACGCAUCUCGGCAGAUCUGCGACAGGAGCUUUUUGGUUCAUCAGCACGAAAUAUUGAAAGCUACGCUGAAACAGAUGCUUCUACUUGCCGGAUUGUUACUCAGGAAGAUGUGAAUGCGGCAUGCACAAGUGAGAAUUCAGGGUUUGACCCUGUGUUGAAGCCGUAUCAGCUCGUGGGAGUUAAUUUCCUUCUCCUAUUACAUCGGAAAAGCAUUGGCGGAGCAAUUCUGGCUGAUGAAAUGGGUCUUGGGAAGACAGUGCAGGCUGUCACCUAUCUUACUCUGCUGCGGCAUCUAUAUAACGACCCAGGUCCACAUCUGAUAGUUUGCCCAGCUUCUGUGUUGGAAAAUUGGGAAAGAGAACUCAAGAAGUGGUGCCCUUCAUUUUCGAUCAUCAUGUUUCAUGGAGCUGGAAGGACUGCCUACUCAAAGGAAUUAAGCUCCUUAGGCAAGGCUGGCUGUCCAGCCCCAUUUAAUGUCCUUCUUGUUGGCUACACACUUUUUGAAAGACGAAGUGCUCAACAAAAGGAUGAUCGUAAGGCCCUCAAAAGAUGGCGAUGGAGUUGUGUUUUGAUGGAUGAAGCACAUGUUCUAAAAGAUAAGGGCAGCUUCCGAUGGAGAAACCUGAUGGCUGUUGCGCAACAUGCACGUCAAAGGCUAAUGCUGACAGGAACUCCUCUUCAAAAUGAUUUGCAUGAGCUAUGGUCAUUGUUGGAAUUCAUGAUGCCUGACAUAUUUGCCACUGGAGAUGUCGAUCUGAAGAAGCUGUUGAAUGCAGAAGAUCACGAACUAAUUUCACGCAUAAAGUCCAUUUUAGGGCCCUUUAUUCUUAGACGUUUGAAGUCAGAUGUAAUGCAGCAGCUUGUUCCUAAAAUACAACAUGUUAAGUUUGUCAUCAUGGACACAGAGCAGUCGAAAGCUUACAAAUAUUCCAUAGAUGAAUACCGUAGUGCCUGUCAAGCUCGUAGUACCAAGUCUUCAGUCAACAUUACCAAUAAUGUUGUUGGAUUGAUUCCAAAGCGGCAAAUAUCAAAUUAUUUUACACAGUUUCGCAAGAUCGCGAAUCAUCCUUUGCUUAUAAGGCGUUUUUAUAGUGACAAAGAUGUUGAUCGAAUUGCAAGGUUGCUCUACCCUAAAGGUGCAUUUGGCUUUGAAUGUUCCUUGGAGAGAGCAAUCCAAGAGCUAAAGAACUACAAUGAUUUUGAUAUCCACCAACUAUUAAUAUCAUAUGGUGAUGCGGGUACAAAAGGUGCUCUAACAGAUGAGCAUGUUUUUGCGUCAGCGAAAUGUCAGGCCUUAGCAGAGCUUUUACCUUCUCUAGCAAAUAAUGGUCACAGAGUACUCAUAUUUAGUCAGUGGACCACAAUGCUCGAUAUUCUUGAAUGGGCACUGGAAGUAAUAGGAGUUACAUAUAGACGUCUUGAUGGGGGGACACCUGUAACAGAAAGGCAGACUAUAGUGGACACUUUCAACAAUGAUCGUUCUAUAUUUGCAUGUUUACUUUCUACAAGAGCUGGAGGCCAAGGGCUGAACCUUAUAGGAGCUGACACAGUCAUUAUACAUGACAUGGAUUUUAACCCCCAGAUGGACCGCCAAGCUGAAGACCGCUGCCAUCGCAUUGGACAACAGAAACCUGUCACUGUCUACAGGUUAGUGACAAAAGGUUCGGUUGAUGAAAACAUAUACGAGAUUGCGAGGCGGAAGUUAGUGCUAGAUGCUGCAAUUCUUCAAUCUGGAGCAGAGUUAGAUAAUAGUACUGAUGUACCAGAGAAGACAAUGGGAGAGAUUUUGGCAUCUCUUCUCCUGGCCUGAAGUUCUAAUCAUGGAGUGUCUCGGAGGUAUUUGAUUCUAUACUUACCAUUGGGUUUUUGGCCUUCAUAUAAGCAUGGCGGUCACCUUGAUUAAUUUCUUGAGGUCCUAAGAUGUGCAUCCAUGAUGCCUUUUUGCACUGGAUCUCAAUUUGUCGGCAUGUGCCUUAUCCAUCAGUUCUAUGAAUGCUCCUCUACAAACUGCUGGAUAGCCAAUCGGGUUCUGGUUCUGGACAGUGACAUAGUGUUUAAGCUUACUAUAGGUUGAGAUAUGGAGUCUGAUUUUCGUUCUUCUAGAUAGGAAAGACUGAAAGUAGUACAUCUGUACCAAAGUUUCAACAUGUUUUAAAUGAGAUGUAGCUUACUAUAAGUGCUUCAAUCUGUACCAUUCCAUUUGUCAGUA